AAAUGCUAAUCCCAAUUCCCAAUGUUAUUAUUAUGAAAUUUGCCGAACUUUAUGAGAAUUUGCUGUUUAAAAAACUUUUUGUUAGUGAGAAAUAGGUUUAGACUUUAAUAUUUUAUUAAAGGACAAGAUGAAAUCCUUAUACUUUGCAAUGUAUCGCAAAUUUUAAAUUAAGACUUUUUAUUGAUAUGUUUUAUGUUAAGUUAUCAUUGCAAAGUUUUAUGUGAUUCUUGUGAUACAUAGGUGCUAUACACUGAGAAUGUUUGGAAGAAAACCUCUCUUCCAAAAGCCAGGUAGGUGAUGACUCACUAUAUCCGGUAAAAAGAAAAGAUGGAACUAUAGAGACCUUGGUUAAUCCAAACAUAGACUCUGCCUUAUCCAUAGACAAUGAUUCUAAAACCAGUGUUGUGUACAACCGAUACCACCAUCUGCCGUUACAAACACAACGCCAGAAGCUUCCGGUAUUUCAGUACAGGAACCACAUAUUGUAUUUGCUGGAGAACUAUCAAACUCUGAUUUUGAUUGGCGAGACAGGUUGCGGGAAGUCUACUCAGGUGCCUCAGUAUCUACGCGAUGUCGGUCACCGGGUAUGUGUUACUCAGCCGAGGGUGGUGGCAGCUGUCUCGCUGGCGAAUCGCGUGGCUGAGGAAGCAGGCGUGGUGCUGGGACAGGAUGUGGGCUACGCAGCCGCCAUGACAGCGCAGAGAACGCCAGAAACUGGAAUUGUGUUUAUGACUGAAGGUGUGCUGCUUCGAGAAAUGUUUGCGUCACCUCUACUUAUGCAGUACUCCUGCAUCAUUAUAGACGAGGUUCACGAAAGAUCGCAAAUGACCGAUGUUGUGAUGGGACUGCUGAAGAAGAUUGCAAAAAAAAGGAAAAACUUGAAAAUAAUAGUUUCGUCGGCGACUAUGAACGCCGAUUUCCUGAAGGAUUUCUUUAACAUAAAGGAAAGCGGCGGGAAAGAUACUUCGGUUGUUUUAUCGAUGCAAGGAAGAACGCAUCCCAUCGACGUAUUCUAUGUUGAAGAACCAGUUGCGGACUAUGUAAAGGCGACGGUCGACACGGUCAUCAAAAUACACGAAAACCAGCCGUUCGGUGAUAUACUGGCGUUUCUGACAUCGUCCGAAGAAAUAACAUCAGCAUUAGAAACUCUUCGCGUGUACGCAGACGAGAACAACGAACGGAAUGCCCACCGCAAUACGUUCCCGUCUGGUGUCGCCUCCGCAAACAUGUCUGUGCUGCCCCUGUACGGGAGCCUGCCGCUGUACGCGCAGAUAAAGGCGUUCCAGACAGCCGAGCGGAACGUCCGCAAGGUGAUACUGUCCACAAAUAUCGCAGAGACCAGUGUUACCAUACCUGGAGUUGUUUAUGUGAUAGACUGCGGCUUCCAUAAGCUACCGUACUUCUCUCCGGAGCUGGGUGUCGAGUGCCUGACCGUGUCCCCGGUGUCCAAGCACAACGCCAUACAGCGAGCCGCGCGAGCAGCCCGGACAAAUCGCGGCUACUGUUACAGACUGUAUACAGAAGCCGAAUACGAUAAACUUCCAGAAUCUGUUCCGCCGGAGAUGUGCCGAACUGACCUGACCAGCGUACUGUUGCUACUCAAAGCUCUCGGGAUACACAACGUGCUGAGGUUUACGUUCCCAAGUCCACCGCCAGCCAAGAGUACUCUGGCGGCACUGGAAACAUUGUACGCAUUGCGCGCCGUUGACAAGGAGGCGGGGCUUACCGACGACGGGCACAAGAUGGCGGAACUGCCGCUCAGACCCAUGUUGGCAAAGAUGGUCUGCAACAGUGGUGAAUAUGGGUGUAUAGAUGAGAUGCUCAGUAUAGUGUCAAUGCUGCAGGUAGACACCGUGUUCAACAAACAGACAACCGGAAAACUCAAUGUGGCCGCUAAACUGUCCCGGAGGAACAAUUUUGAGGUGUCGGAGGGGGAUAUAAUAAUGUAUCUAAACAUACUAGAGGCGUACAUCAAGUUAAGGGGGUCACAACAGAGCGAGCAGGCGGCUCGUAAAGCGAGCAAAGCCUGGUGUCAGAAGUAUUACAUCAAUUAUAAGGUCAUGGAGAAGGCUUGCGAGAUUCGAAGAAGCUUAGAAAAGUUGGUUAAAGAAAAAUUCAAUAUGGAGAACGCUAAGUUCGAUGCUCCGGAAUUUGGUUCAGUGAAAUGCGAACGUAUAAUGCGGUGCGUGGUUUCUGGGUUAUUCCCGCAGGCGGCGUCGCUGGGCAUCGAAGGUCACUACCGUGGCGUGCGAGGUGCCGAGCUCCAUAUAUCUCCAGAUAGCUGCCUCUACCACCAGCAACAACCACAGUGGCUAGUGUUUGGCAGCGUGCAGAGCUCCGGAGAUAAGGUGUACAUGCGGGACAUCAUGCGGAUAGACAAACAGUGGCUCAUGCAAACCGCUCCGCAUUACUAUCACGAGACAUAGCGCUCAGCGACCCGACGCUCGUUACAUUGGUCUUCUACAGAUAUAAAUAUAUAAAUAAAAACGUUUACAACC